AUGGAGUCAGCUGCUGGAGGGGGACCGCGCGGAGCAGGGGGGGGCGCGAGCCCGGCGCAGGAAGCCCACGGACCGCGUGGCGCCUUGGAGACGCCGGUCGAGGACGGUCCGGGCGGGGACGCUUGGAGACCGAUAGGUGCGACUGCCAACGGCGGCGACAUCGCCCAGCCUAGGCAGGGCGAAGCGGACAUGGGAAUAGGGUGGAACGGCCACACCACGCCGCAGCCGAGUGUCGACGAGGGCGCGAAGCGCAGGCGGGGAAGACCACCGAGGCAGCAGAGACUCCAAGCCGACGCAAGGCAGCAGGUGUUGCGGCGUAUCCAGCCCCGGCCGACACCGAUCGCAGCCGGUCUCACACCGCCGCCGAGCGAGGGCGGCCCGCCUAGAGGCCAGCAGGCGCCGCGGCACAUCCGGGCUCGGCCGGUUCUGAGGGCGGGAGUCCACGCGGCGCCCCCACCGAGGCGGGACCGAGCGUCGGAAGCACGGACAGCCAACAAGCCGGACAAUGAAUCGGCAGCCCGGGGGAGAGCGGAAGAGGAAGGGCCGCACCCCCGGCGGGCAGGCCGAAGGAAAUGCUCCCGGUCCGGGUGGGCCAGAAAACCCCAAGACGGAGGGCUGCAGGCCGAGGACCUAGCCAGCGUACUGCAGCACCUCGAGGAGGAGUUCGCGGCGGGCGAGAGGCUCGCAGACGAGCAGACGUGGUGCAUGCCGGUGCCGCGCGCGAGGCAGGUGCGAACGGUGCAGAGGUUCUACCGGGCGUUCCACGACGCCGGCACGCUACCGGUCUUGACCUGCAAGGUGGCCAUGGCGGAGCCCGUCACGGAGGGCGGCCGGUCUCUAUUCGCGUGCCGAAGCUGCUUCCCCGAGGGCCGGGCGGUGCCGGUAUGCGCAGAGUGCGCGCGGUGCCUCGGGCGUGAGAGGGCUUCGCCUGGCAUGCACCUCCACGGCCGGCUCGGCUGCGAGCACGCGUACCCCGACGAGCUCAAGGGCCUCACGCCGGUCGAGGAGAAGCUGAUCUCGCUCAACUCGUGCUACGGCUUCGUGACGAGGUAUAGCAUCCCCGGCGGGCAGAGGCAGAGCGUGAGUCCGGUUAUGGACGAGAUCCAUGUCUCGUGGCAGGGGGCCGAGAAGCCGGGGCCACGCGACCUGUCGGGCCUCCUGUCGGUAAGGCGGCGGGCGGUCGAGAGGGCGCUCGUCUGGCUUAAGGAGAACAACCCGCUCUACGGCGAGGUCGAGAUCGACGUGGCGGAGAUGGAGAGCUGGGGGCGCCGCCGCACGGGUGCCGUGGUGCCGCCGACGGAGCGGGCCAUGGACGACGAGGGCGCGGUCGAGAUCGAGGAGAUCCUCGUCAUGUUAAGCCAGGGGCGGGAUCCCGCGGAGAGGAGUCGCGACGUCAGGCCCACGUGCGACGACGAAGAGGACGGCGCUAGGCCCGAAGAGGGCGGGAAGGUGGCGGACGCCGAGAAGAUUCGCUUCGCCCGCGACGCCGUCGGGCCCGACGGAGCGCGCGCCCGCGCAGGCCCGAGGACGUGGGUGGGGACGGCGGCCGGAGGGGCGGCGCGCGGCGGCGAUGGCGACAAGUACGAGCCCUAUAUCCAGGUACGGCGCGGCAACGAGUUCGCCGACUCGGCGGACGCCUCCUUCUUCGCCAAGACCUUCCCGACGCUAUUUCCCUUUGGCGUGGGGCCGAGGCUCGCCGACGAGGCCGCUACCCGUGGAAGCGAGACUACCGGGUGGCGGGGCCGGGCUGCCGAGGCGGAGCGGGUCGCGGAGGGCCUCACGUCGACCCGGAACAUGAACCUCCAAGCAUGGGCCGACGUCGUGCUACGGCGCCACGGCGGCCGGAACCGCCAGGCCAGUAUGCUAGGCGUAACGAGGAAGAACUUCGCAAAGGUCGAGGGUCUACUAAAGUCGUUAACGACGCAGAGGCUCGAGGCGGCGAGGGUCGAGCUCGAGGCCACGGGCAAGACCGGCGACGACGGGGUAAAGGAGCUCCUCCGGUCCCUAUCGGUGUUUGGCCACCGGCAGCCGAUGUCGAGGGAGAGCCGCCUAAGUAUGCGGAAGAAGAUACUAUCUCUCAUCGUCAGAUACGGGGUGCCGGCCAUUUGGUUCACGCUAAACCCGAACGAUAUUACGAACCCGGUAAAGCUACGGCUGGCGGCGUACCGCGCCCGCGACCCCGAAGCGGCCGAGGCCUUCCUAAGAGAGCUAGGGACUGCGUAUAAGCGGGUGCGGCUGGCGAUAGCGGACCCGAUGAGCGCGGCCGUCUUCUUUCACCGGGAGAUAAAGCUCUUCUUCGAGCAUUACGUCGACGUCGGGGACGAGUCGGUGUUCGGGCACGUCGGGGCGUACUACGGGGCGGUAGAGACGAACGAACGAGGUGCUCUCCACCUCCACGGGCUUCUCUGGCUAAAGGGCAAUGCGCGCCUCGGCGAGGCGCUGGCCGGCGCCGGCGGCGAGCAGGCAGCGUACCGGGAGCGAAUAAUCCGCUACGUAGACAGCGUCUUCUCCGAGGAGCUAGACGCAGAAGGGCACCACGCUGUGCAGGCGGAGCGGUCGAUCACGGCGCACAUGUCGUCGUGGCUUGACGACGUCGAGCGCUUAACGGACGCGUUCGACGAGGAGGCCAACUUCUGCGCCGGCGCGACGCAGGUCCACACGCAUAGCGCGACCUGCGUCAAGUACUCGCUCGCGGGGGCCGGUCGUAAGGGCGACCUCUGCCGUUUUAAGGCGCCCUGGAGGCUAGUAGAGAGGACGGCGCUCACGGCGGACGGCGUGCUGGAGAUCCGGCGGACACAUAGCAUGGUGAACCGGUGGAACAAGGCGAUGGCGGUAGGGCUGCGGCACAACCACGACAUCUCGUUCAUCGCGACGCAGCGCAAGACCAUGGCCCUGAUCUACUACAUCACCAACUAUGCGACUAAGGUAGAGGACCCUACGUGGAAGCGGGUGGCCGCCGCGGCCGACGGCGCGGCGUGGGCGUACGUGAACACGAACCAGCUCUACUGGGCCGUCUUCCGCCAGUGGCGGCACCUCCGACUGGCGAGCGGGGUAGAGGCGACGGCGAGCGACGCGCCGGACGAGACGGUCGUCGUCGAGGAGGCGGGGCCGAGGAUCUCCUUCAUCGAGGCCUACCGGCAUAGAGGCGGGCUCCUACAGGGCCUCUGUCUCUACGACUACGCGUCGCUCGUAAGGCUGAAACGGAAUGGCGGAGGCGCCGAGGGCUGCGCGGCCUGGGGCGAGAUACCCUUUAACGAGAGCUGGGCUCCGGGGAAGGACUGGGCGCAAGUGCUCAGACGGCCGGGUAAGGGGGCGAGCGUACGCCUAGACGGGUACCUCAGUAAGGAGUUCGGCGAGGAAGACGAGUCAUGUCAUCGGAGGGCGGCGGUGCAGCAUCUAGCGCUGUUCGUGCCGUGGGAGGCAUUCGUCUGCGAGGAGACGGGCGACAUCAACGACAUCUGGGCGCGGGAGCGGGCGGCGCUGGCGCCGAGGAUCGCGCGGCUCGCGGACAACGUACAGCUGCUCCGGCGGUCGGCGGAGGACGCCAAGCGCGACGCCAGGCAAUGGGCCGCUACGACCGAGGAGGGCGAGCCGGCGGCGGCGGCACGCGCCAACGAGGGCGCGGAGGAGGCGGCCGAGGGGGGCGGGCAGGUGUACCGCGCCGGCGGCGCAGGCGACGCGGCGCGGCUCAUCGACGUUGUCCGGAACGCCGCCGGCGCGGGCCAGGUAACGGCGCGGUCGGCGGAGCUGCUGGCGAUGACGCAGCAGCUCUGCCGGUUUCAGCAGUCGGCGCUCUCGUCGGCGGCCGAGCUCGAUGCGACGGUGGUGGCGGGCGAGGCGGGGCCGAGGCGGGUAAUCCUCGCGGGGUCGACCCUCUCCGGGGCGGCGCUGCCGCGGCAAGGGCAGGUAAGAGCCAUCAAGUCGCAGCAGAGGAGCGCCGCGCGGGAGCGGGAGCGGGCGAUCCAAGGAAUCCAGGGCGGCGCGGCGGCGUCGGCGCCCGGGGCCGACCGAUCGAUCGCCCUCCUCAUCAUAUGCCGCCAGCUCGAUCAGGCCCGGCAGGGCGGCGACGCCGGCGACAGCGGCGACGCCGGCCAGCUCUGUCUAUUCGUCGGCGGCGAGGGCGGUACCGGCAAGUCGCGCGUCAUUGAGGCGCUCGUCGAGCUGUUCGCCCAGAGGGACCUAUCGAGCCAGCUACUAAUCACGGCGACAUCGGGGACGGCGGCGGCGCGGAUCAACGGCAUCACCCUGCACUCGGCCUGCGGCCUCUUGGGCGAACGCUUCGUCGACGGCCGGUCGCGGAUGGACUGGCAGGAGAAGGAGGUGCUGGUGAUCGACGAGGUCAGCAUGCUCGGGGCGCGCACGCUGCACGCGGCGAACGAGCAGCUCUGCCGGCUGCGGGGCUCGCCGCGGGACUUCGGCGGCAUCCCGGUAGUCAUCCUCUGCGGCGACUUCCAUCAGUUCCGGCCGGUGCAGGAGCGGUCGAUCCUGCUGCCGAGCGCGGCGGUGCCGUGGGACGCGGACGGCGCGUUCGCGGCCGAGCGGCGGCGGCAGCACGAUAAGGCGCACGCGCUAUGGAGGAAGUUUACGACGGUCGUCAUGCUCGACGAGCAGAUGCGCGCCGCCGGCGACCCGGAGCUACGGCGGCUGCUCGGGCGGAUCCGGCGGGGGGAGCAGGACCGGUCGGACCUAGACCUCCUCAACUCGAGGUGCUACCGGGCGGGCAGGCGGAUACCGUGGGAGACUGGGGUGACGGUGGUGACGCCGCUUAUGACGGCGGCGCAGGCACGGCUAGAGAGGCUCAGUGAGAGGACCGUCGGGGAGGCGCUACGCUGGCUCGGCGAUGACCUCCCGGGGCCGCGGGGAGGGACAAGACGAGACUGGGGGGGGAUAAAUAGAUAG